AUGGGCAGUGGUACGAUGUUCAUCCUGGGUAUACCGAAAGACCAACCAGUUCCAUCCUGUGGGGGAGGCAAUCAUGCAGUGGGCGACGUUGAUCCGCGAGCUACGCGAGAACCGAGUGCUGUCCAAAGAUAUCGUGAAGACCGCGAUGAGAAAGGAGAAGGUGAGGUGAUUGAAGUACGCGAAGUACGCGAGGAUGUGCCAUUGUCGGGGAGAUUGCGCGCAUCGAUUGGUUCCGCCCAAUUCUUUGCCCCAAGCGAAGUACCGCAUCGUCAAUUCGGUUGCCGCCUCUACACUUUUCAGGCCUUCGAUUACGAUGCUGGACACAAGUUGCAGGAUCUGAUCCGAGGUUGGAGGAGCCGCUUGUGUCCCAUGAACCGGCCUGUCCCAUGGGGUAGCCAUAUGGCUGGCAAGAUCGGAGGACGAGAGUCCAUGUCCCAUGCCGUUCUACAAAUAUCAAGUUACAUUACCUUUCCCACUUUCAUGGAUAUCAAGAUCUUAUUCUACUCGAAGUUGCAGGUUGACGCUCAAACCCACCUUCAGUCCACCUCAACGUCUUCGUGA